AUGUCUGUAGAGUUAGUACCUGCACAUCAACUUACCUUUCACCGACCCUUCACACAACACGUAAAAGAAAUUCUCAGUGUACGCAACCCAAACAAUCUGCCCGUUGCGUUCAAAGUAAAGACUACUGCGCCAAAGCAGUAUUGUGUUAGACCAAACUCGGGACGAAUCGAUCCUGGAGAGAGUGUCGAUGUUCAAGUCAUCCUCCAGCCAAUGAAGGAAGAUCCGCCACCAGAUUUUAAAUGCAGAGACAAAUUCCUAGUACAAAGUGUGCCAAUUACCCCAGAACUUGAGACUGGUAGUCUUCAAGAAUUGUGGGCUGCAGUCGAACAAAAUUCUAGAAAUUCGAUCAAAGAAAACAAAAUUCGAUGUGUAUAUCUUCCAUCCAACAACUUGGAAGUACACCCAACGUCUGGAUAUACAGCACCUGCACAGCAGCUACAUAACGGAGGAGAAGAACGAGGGCAUGUCGAUACAACUCCUAUUGUACAACCACAGCAGCAAGUAUAUCAGUACCAACCAGCUCAAGUCACAACUUCCUCUUCGAAUCUUCCCGCCCACAUAUCUCACAAUUCUACCCACGAUCGCAACGUUGCAACUCCAGUAGGCGGUUAUUCUAACGCGUCAGCCAAUGUAAGUCCGUAUCCUGUAGAGCAGUCAAAGCCUAAUAAUGUGAUAACUCCAAUUGGCAAUGGUGAUGACAACGACGUUGCGAGAUUGAAAAGACACUUGGCUGAAGUACAAGCAGAGAAUGCCAAAUUGAAAACAAAGUUGGAGACCUGCAAAGCGGACUUGGAACAAAUGCAGCUGAGACAGAGGAAGAUGGAAUUGGAGCAUGACAAAGCAAAAUCGGAAAAAAUUGCGUCUUCUAAAGUAAACGAUGGUAGUCAGUCAGCUUUGAACGUUAAGACGUUGGAGAAAGUUCCAGUUGGUUAUUAUCCGUUCGAAGUGCUCGCUGGUGCGGCUAUCCUGGCUUUCUUUGCUGGUGCUUGGAUAUUUUAG